CGCCGGAACAUGGCGCGUUGCCCACCGCUUGCAAGUUAGGAGGCGGCAGUCCGCGGAGAAGGGCGCCGAGUCCUUUUGUACGCAGGAGCAAGGAGCGACAUUGUGUUUUCUGACCCAGCGGAGAUGCUGCCACUGGGGAGGGCACGGGGGCGCUGGGUUCUUGCUGCGCCUGGGAUGGUGGUGCCCAGGGUCCGGGCGACGGGGCAGCGGCGCGCCCCUCCGAGGGAACCGAACCGCUCCUCCUGGCCGGACCAGGUGCUGGGUCUCAUGCCCCGGCCCCAGCCUCUCGGGGACCCGCAGGGUUUGCGGGUUCUCCGCUUUUUGGCCGUGAUGUCGACUGCCUCGCUCACCUGUUGUAUCCUCGCUGCUGGUCCCAAAGUUUCUACGGUGCAUCUGACUCUGCCCACCCGCGCUUGAAGUUGUUUAACGGCUCACUGUUUUGAAGGCUACAAAUAAUGUAUAUAUUUCCACCCAUCGGAGGAGCCCGCUGCUUGCAUCCAGCCCUGGUUACAAGCGUUUGAUUAGAAAUAUAUUAAUUGCUUACUUUGGAGCCGGUGUCAUUAGUGCUUCAUUGUCCGGCCAGAGCGAAAGCCACGUUUUUCCGAAGUGUCUUGGAAACUCUGAAUGAAAGUGUAAAGCAAUGGGGGGGUGUGCCGGUUAGCUUUGACAGUGACAUGAGGAUGCCGAGGGACAUCUCUUACAGCUUUGUCCCAGGACAUCAUCUGUGUUAGAGGGACUAUUGACGUAAUUUUGGUCAUGAGCAGAAAGUUAAUAGGAACCUUAAGGCCACCUUCCCAGAAUUGGAGAGGCUGCAUGUUUUCUCAAGCCUUAUAAGCAUUCCGCCUUUGAUAAGGUACAGUCUUGCCGCUUCCCUGUUUCUUUAAGUGGGAAAUGCUUGCAUUUCCGUCUCUGACAGCUUUCCACCUUCCACAGGUUCCAUCUUUUGCAGGUAUACUGCUGUUGAAUUUGCAUUGCCGGUACACACUGUAGGUUCAAGCCAACCUCUGUAUUGUCUUCAAGAAGGUUUUGAUAUAAAAGAACCACAAAUAGGUGAUUUAAGUCCCUGUUGUCUGGGAUUAAAUGUUAUACCCCUUUGCUUACAUGUAGUCAGACAUUCAGUAAAUACUGGGGAAUUAAAUGAUGAACCAUAAUUAGUAAAAUGCAACCUUGUCACCAUUAUUUAAGAAGGCAUGUUGAUGGUCGGGAGGGACUAUGAACCCUCUGGAAGCACGCUUCCAAGAAAAAGAAGGGAGGGCCUUGUGGGAUACAAAAAGGUUUUGUUAGAGGCUAGUUACUCUAACAGGGCUAACUGCCUUCCGUCAGAUGUCUGUCUGCAGGCUGGGGCCUUGCUCAGGCUGUGUCCACCCUGUCCACUCAGCGAUGCUGCAAAGUGGGUGGACACCAGAUGACCUCUUGUGGGCUGUUGAGUUUCAUUUUGCCCCUGAAAUGUUUGCACCAUUGCAGGACUAUAAUUAGUCCAGGAAAUGGGAUGUUUGAAUUCAGAGUUUGAGUGUAACUGUGUGUGAUGCUUAUUAGAACAUGUGUAAAAAUAGUAUGUGGAUGAUUAAUCAACAAGUAGCCAUUCCUCGAUUUUUGUUGUAAAAAAAUUCAGAAAAUUCUGUUUACUGAUGUUCUCUGUUCUGUCCUGUGUUCCUGGUGUAUAUUGAGUGCACCCCAAUUUAAUUUUCCGUGAACACAAGAAACCUGCUUGUUAAGUUUUAGAAGUGUUUUAUUAACACCAAGCCCACUGUGUUUUGAGGCUGGGGUAUAGGUAAAUUUGAUGUAUUUUGUAUCAUAUAUGUAUAGGAACCAGACAGAUUGUGGUGGGUUUCCCCACUUCCUUGGUUUUGCAGUUGGUACUUUUAGCCAUUGCUGCCUGACUAAAUGGUUUAGACUUGAAGAGAAAUAUGUAAAGUUCAUAUGAACUGAAGAAAAUCCAGGAAAAUGACUUUAUGGAGCUGCCUUAAUACUUACAGCAAAGAACCAGAAGGCAGAUCAACGCACGGUCUUUAAGGCACCUGGUACAUCAAUAACAGCCCUCUCCUAGAGAAUGAUCUGGCAGAAGGAAUCGUCUGGAUAGUAGAUUUGGUCUUCUGCAUGCCCCAUAAUACGCCUGUUUUGUUUAGAACUCCCAGUAUAUUGGAUCAUGUAAGGAAGGCAUGUCUAAUGAGAGAACUUUUGAGUGUUUUGUUGCUACUACUGAAUACUAAUGUGCUGGCAGUGAAACUUACCAAGAACAAGAGGAAAUGAGGAAAUAUCCCCAUGAAGCAUUGCUUAAAGCAGUGGACUAGAAGUGGGAAGCAGCUCUUCAUGGAGGAGCACGCAGUGGCCCAGACGGAACACAUGGCAACCAUAGAAGCUCACGCAGUGGCCCAACAGGUGCAGCAGGUCCACGUGGCCACCUACACGGAACACAGCAUGCUGAGCGCCGAUGAAGACUCGCCGUCUUCUCCCGAGGACACGUCCUACGAUGACUCAGACAUACUCAACUCCACAGCAGCUGACGAGGUAACCGCACACCUGGCUGCUGCAGGUCCCGUGGGAAUGGCUGCUGCUGCUGCUGUGGCAACAGGAAAGAAAAGGAAACGGCCACACGUGUUCGAAUCUAACCCGUCCAUCCGGAAGAGGCAGCAAACACGCUUGCUCCGGAAACUCCGAGCCACGUUAGAUGAAUACACGACUCGAGUGGGACAGCAAGCCAUUGUCCUCUGCAUCUCACCCUCCAAGCCCAACCCCGUCUUCAAAGUGUUUGGUGCAGCGCCCUUGGAGAACGUGGUGCGUAAGUACAAGGGCAUGAUUCUGGAAGACUUGGAGUCAGCCCUGGCUGAACACGCCCCUGCGCCACAGGAGGUUAACUCCGAGCUGCCGCCUCUCACCAUCGACGGAAUUCCCGUCUCUGUGGACAAAAUGACCCAGGCCCAGCUCCGGGCGUUUAUCCCAGAAAUGCUCAAGUACUCCACGGGCCGGGGGAAGCCGGGCUGGGGCAAGGAGAGCUGCAAGCCCAUCUGGUGGCCGGAAGACAUCCCGUGGGCCAACGUUCGGAGUGACGUCCGCACAGAAGAGCAGAAGCAGAGGGUUUCGUGGACCCAGGCCCUACGCACCAUCGUCAAGAAUUGCUAUAAGCAGCACGGGCGGGAGGACCUUUUGUAUGCUUUUGAAGACCAGCAAACACAAACGCAGGCCACAACCACACACAGUAUAGCCCAUCUGGUACCAUCACAGACUGUCGUCCAGACCUUUAGUAACCCCGACGGCACUGUCUCGCUUAUCCAGGUUGGUACAGGGGCAACAGUAGCCACAUUGGCUGAUGCUUCAGAGUUGCCAACCACAGUCACUGUUGCCCAAGUGAAUUAUUCUGCCGUGGCUGAUGGAGAGGUGGAACAAAAUUGGGCCACGUUACAGGGAGGUGAGAUGACCAUCCAGACGACGCAAGCCUCAGAGGCCACUCAGGCAGUGGCAUCGCUGGCAGAGGCUGCAGUGGCAGCUUCUCAGGAGAUGCAGCAGGGAGCUACGGUCACCAUGGCACUCAACAGCGAAGCUGCCGCCCAUGCCGUUGCCACCCUGGCCGAGGCCACCUUGCAAGGGGGGGGACAGAUCGUCCUGUCUGGGGAAACCGCAGCAGCCGUCGGAGCACUUACUGGAGUCCAAGAUGCUAAUGGAUUGGUUCAGAUCCCCGUGAGCAUGUACCAGACCGUGGUGACCAGCCUCGCCCAGGGCAACGGGCCUGUGCAGGUGGCCAUGGCCCCUGUGACCACCAGGAUCUCGGACAGCGCAGUCACCAUGGACGGCCAGGCCGUGGAGGUGGUGACGCUGGAACAGUGACGGGCCCUUUCUAGCCAACUUCAGAUUUUAUACGCGUUUGCAGAGGUGCAAUCAAAUGGAAUGGAGUCUCUCGACUUCGGAAGAGAAGUUUUGUUAACCUUUUUUUAAAAAGGAAGAAAGACACCGGAUUUGGGGAUUGCGUUUUUGUAAGCACCGCUCUUCGUUGUCUGGGAUCGGUGGAGUCAGAGGCUGCGUUCCGAUUCCACUGUCCUGAAAAAGCCAAAUUGUGGCCGGACUUCUUUAUGCGGGAACGUGUGUGUAUGUGUGUGUGUGUGUGUACUCGUGUAUGUGUGAGUGUGGGUGUGAGUAUAUGUAUAUGUGUACAUAUGGACAUACACAUGUACAUAUAUAUAUAAAUCUAUCUAUAUGAGACCCGCAUGGAAUCCUCUGUGUGAAGUCAAGGUGAGCUCUGAGGAGAGGUCACCCCGUUUAGUGGGUGCCAGGGUACGUGGCCAGACGGGCACCAGUUGUAGUGCACCCCAGGGCCGUGCAUUCAGCCGCUGACACGCUCAGGCCGAGGGGACCGUGCCCUGCUCCACAGCUGCCUCCAGGGACUGCCCAGAGCGCUCCCCGCUGGGCUCCCCGAGGACCCCGGGGGGCCACGCGGUCUGGCAGCUCCAACGCUCCUUGGGCUGGCCCGGGUGCUGACCUUGUCCUUGAAGGCCCCCCGGCAGGGACCAGAGGGUGUUCUUCAGCCUCCCUUCCCUUCCCGUCCCCAGGAAACCACCUUGGUCUCAUGACUGGACACGUCGCUCCGGUUUGGGGGGCCAGUCCUGGAAUGGUCGUGUGAGUGAGCUGACAGUGACAGAAGUACUACGGGGGUUGAGUGGCGCGUGAGUGUGCCUGUGGGUGCAUGAGUGUGCGUGUGGGUGCGUGGGGAGGGGGGAGCGUGGGGAGGGCCCGAAGGAGGGCAAGAGGCACCACAGAGACCAGGACACGCACAGGAGCAGGCUUGUCCUUUCCUGGAACUUCCUGGAACUGCGGGUUUUGUUGGGAGAGACCGGGACUGCCGUGUCCCCGCGCCCCAGAGUCGGCCCGCUUCAGGAGAGACUGCGGAUUGGGGGUGUAUCUCCAGGUCUGUCGGGGGACCCCACCCUGUGGCUUCCCCCUCAGCAGUUGUCUGUGGACUGGGUGGGCUGCCGAGACCCAGCCCUGCGUUGCCUGGCUUCUCGACAGGCCAAAGUUGAGGUCCGUGUGCGCGGGGGACCUCCCUCCCGACCCCCGCAUGUGUGAUAGUGUAUUUAAUGUGUUGUUGUUUUUUUAAUGCGACAUUAAAACAUUCUCCAUGUCUUGCUCA